AUGCCAAUUCACAGGCCCUCAGAACGGGGCCACUGCAGUCCAAUCACGUGUUUGUGUGCAAGUGAAGACAGACGCUGGCUUGUGACAGCUGACAUGGGCCAGGAGAGUCUAGUUAUCAUAUGGGAUGCUUAUACAGGGAUUCCUGUGCGGACAUUGUUUGACUGUCAUCCAGAGGGUGGAGUUUCUGCCAUGGCCCUAUCAAAGGAUUCAAAAUACCUGGUGACUGUUGGAGCUGGAGCAGUACAGCGCGUGUGUAUUUGGAACUGGACAGAUGAAAGUGAAAGCCCAGAAUGUCAAGUUGACCUCAGCCCAAAAUAUGGUUGCCAGAAUCAACUACUUUUCAAUCCCUUUGACAACACACAGUUGGUCAGCAACAGCAGCACUCAGGUUCUCUUCUACAACUGGGAAAGGGGACAUCUGGAAUACUCAGCUCCUGAAAUUACUGACAAGUCUGUCUCUCGUCACCCAGUAGUGAGGAAAGCCGUAAAGCUUGUGCCUCUCCAGAAGGAAGCAAUCACUGUACUGACUUUGAUUGACAGUUUUAUAGUAACAGGUGAUGUGAAUGGCCACAUCAAAUUCUAUGAUGGAAAUCUCAAGCUCAUCAACGUGUACAAUGAGUUUAGCUUGGAUCCUAUCAGAUCCAUCUCCUUUUCCAAAGAAAAGCCCUCCAUUAGCGACCUGCGAUAUCCAAAAGACUGCACACUGGAUGCCAAGCCAUUUAUCAUAAGAAAUUUUGUUCUCUCCACAACUCAUGCAACUGCAGUACAUGUAAACGCACAGAUAAAUGUUCCACAGACCCUUCUAAAGGAACAUGUAGAACCUCUAGAAACAGUUGCCUGCCAUCCUAAACAGCCACUAGUAGCUAUGGGCAGCCACAGUGGCACCAUUAAGGUUUGGGAUUAUGAGCAUAAAAAAGCAGUCUGCAGCAGGGUCUUCCAGCCCCACAAACAGAUCCAGUGUAUUACCUACGAUCCACAAGGUUUUUACCUGGCAGUGGGCUUUGCCAGUGGGGCUUUGCAGAUUGUUGACGCCUGUACACUUCAGAGUGACGGUAAAGAGGGUUUGCACUACAGUCAGGACAGCAUUACCCAUCUAACUUUUUCCCAGGACUCAAGCUACCUGGCUGCCGCAGACACUGGAAAAGCUGUGACGUUGCUCCGUCGAUGUAAAGAGGGGACCCAGGAGGUUUGGAAAUACCAGGGCAGGCACCACUCGCAUUAUAAACCCAUUCAGGACCUGCUGUUUGGGGUGGAUUUAGACAGCAGUCAGCCUCGCCUCCUCUCUCUUGGCAUGGAUCGCUGGCUGGUGGAGUAUGAUCUGCAGAAUAGUGGUGAAGAUGGGUUGUUGAUUUUGAGUUCUGAACGUAUCGAGCAGAGUGCUGUGCCCACCUGCAUGGUGUGGUAUCCUCCUCUGACACCUGAACACUUCCUCCUUACAGCUUCCAACAUGUAUAAGAUGAAGCUCUUCAAUGCUACCUCCAAAAUGUGCAG